AUGGCUUCUAUUGACCCCACUAACCCCUCCGUCCCUAUCGACCAAGAUGCCCUCAAUCUCGAGGGUGAACCAGCUCCUGAGCUUCUAGAAGGCCGAAUCUGGGUCGAUGGCUGCUUUGACUUUUUCCAUCACGGCCACGCUGGUGCCAUCGUCCAAGCUCGCCAAUUAGGAAAUGAGCUCUACGCUGGUGUUCACUCCGACGAGGCCAUCCUCGCCAACAAGGGCCCUACAGUCAUGACUCUAGCAGAACGAGUCGCUGCUACUGACGCCUGUCGCUGGGUCACCCGCUCCGUCGCCAACGCGCCCUACGUCACCUACCUCCCAUACAUCACCCACUACGGCUGCAAAUACGUCGUCCACGGCGACGACAUCACCUCCGACAGCGAUGGCAACGACUGCUACCGAUUCGUCAAGGAGGCCGGUCGUUUCAAGGUUGUCAAGCGCUCCCCUGGUAUUUCGACUACCGACCUCGUAGGCCGCAUGCUGCUCUGCACAAAGACGCACUUCAUCAAGUCCCUCGAGAAGAAGCUCGCCGGCGUUGAAGGUAACGGCACCCCCGAAGAGCGCAUCGCAGAGGGACAAGAAAUGAUGGAGCGCAUGAGGCUGUACGCCACUGAUGCCUCAGGAAAAGCACCCGGCGCCGAGGUGUUCUUCUGGACUGCGUCUCAGGAAGCCAAGUCAGAGGACGCCGACGAGGAAAGGGGUAGCUUCCGCCAGCUCAUCGAAGGACCUGGCCCCAAGCCUGGACAACGCGUGGUGUACGUCGACGGAGGCUAUGAUCUUUUCUCUAGCGGUCACAUCGAGUUUCUGCGCCAGGUUCUUCUGGCCGAGGAGGAGCUUGCGCGCAAGGAGGGUUGGUUCUCUGAGCAGGCUGUAAACGAGCGCAAGGGCAAGGGCGAGGAUUACCCCCCUGCGUAUGUUGUUGUCGGCGUCCACGAAGACGAGGUCAUCAACCAGUGGAAGGGCAUCAACUACCCCAUCAUGAACAUUUUCGAGCGCGGUCUCUGCUACAUCAACGCCGUCAUCUUUGGCGCUCCCUUUUCUCCCACAAAGACCUACCUCACCACCCUACCGCGCGGAACCCCAGACGCCGUCUACCACGGCCCGACAUCCUUCAUGCCCCUCACAUACGACCCCUACACUGCGCCCAAAGCAAUGGGCAUCAUGCGACAAGUCGGCACCCACGCUUUUUCUCAUGUCAACGCAGGAGAAAUUGUGCAGCGUAUCUUGAGAAGUCGCGACAUGUACGAGGCGCGACAGCGCGCCAAGGGUGUCAAGGCCGGCGCCGAAGCAGCCGCUCGCGACAGGGAGAUUAUGGAGGAGGAGCAGAAGCAGAGAGAGGCUGACAGGGCAUGA